CGACCUGAUAUCCUUCAUUGCACACACUGGCUGAGGAGGUGCAAAUAAACUGACCUGAACCAAAUUGAGUUUAUAAUUUUCAGAACCAUGGCUGCUGCAAUUUCUACAGUCGCCGAGAGCAAGGAGCUCAGAGGUCUGAAUCUUGUCGCCGCGCAUUCCCAUAUUAGAGGGCUAGGUGUUGAUCCCGAUACUCUACAGCCCCGCUCUUCCUCGCAAGGCCUAGUUGGCCAAGAAAAGGCGCGAAAAGCUGCUGCUGUUAUUCUCCAGAUGGUCAAGGAUGGGAAGAUUGCUGGACGCGCCGUUUUGAUCGCUGGCCCGCCAAGUACCGGAAAGACCGCCAUUGCGAUGGGAAUGGCGCAGUCGCUAGGGCCUGAUGUACCGUUUACCAUGGUCGCUUCGUCCGAACUCUUUUCCCUUGAGAUGUCGAAGACGGAGGCCCUUACCCAAGCAUUCCGCAAGUCUAUUGGAGUGAGAAUAAAGGAGGAAAGUGAAAUUAUUGAAGGAGAAGUGGUGGAGAUACAAAUCGACCGCAGCGUUACUGGGGGUAAUAAACAAGGCAAACUGACGAUAAAAACCACCGAUAUGGAAACAAUCUACGAUAUGGGAGCUAAAAUGAUUGAUUCAAUGACAAAAGAGCGUGUUAUGGCGGGUGACGUUAUCUCUAUCGACAAGUCCUCUGGCAAGAUUACGAAGCUGGGAAGAUCUUUCGCUAGAUCCCGAGAUUACGAUGCCAUGGGUGCCGAUACGAAGUUUGUUCAGUGCCCGGAGGGUGAACUUCAGGUCCGUAAGGAAAUUGUUCAUACGGUUAGCCUGCAUGAAAUCGACGUUAUCAAUUCGAGAACGCAAGGUUUCCUCGCCCUUUUUUCUGGCGAUACUGGUGAAAUACGAAGCGAAGUUCGGGAUCAGAUUAAUACAAAGGUUGGCGAGUGGAAAGAAGAAGGAAAGGCUGAGAUUAUUCCCGGAGUUCUGUUUAUCGACGAGGUUCAUAUGCUGGACAUUGAAUGUUUCUCAUACAUCAAUCGGGCCCUUGAAGCCGAGCUAGCGCCAAUCGUGAUCAUGGCAAGUAAUCGGGGCAAUACCAGAAUCAGAGGGACAACCUAUCGAUCUCCUCAUGGUCUCCCGCUAGAUUUUCUGGACAGGGUUGUCAUUGUGAGCACCCAGCCAUACACUGGAGAAGAAAUCCAACAGAUACUGGCUAUCCGAGCUCAAGAGGAAGAGAUCGAUCUCACACCGGAUGCAUUGGCUCUUUUAACCAAAAUUGGCCAAGAGUCGGGACUACGUUACGCCAGCAAUAUCAUCACAACGUCGACUCUGCUCAGCCAGAAACGAAGAUCAAAAGACGUGGGAAUCGAAGACGUGCAGCGCAGUUAUCGCCUUUUCUAUGACCCUGCUAGAAGUGUGAAGUUUGUGACUGAAUUUGAGAAGCGAUUUAUUGGUGACGAGGGCCAGGUCAAUUUUGCUCACACCAAUGGUGAUGCCAUGGACACCUCCUAAUUGAUGAUUUUCUUUUCUUGAACUGGGUAUGGCGCAAACGGCAACUAGGAUGCUAAAAAUAUCACAAUCGCGUAUUAUAUGAACGGCGCAAAAAACAGGUCUUGGGUUACUGGCAAUAGCAGACCUUUUUCUUUUCUGUUUACUUAGCUGAGGCGAUAGAAUAAUUGAUGAUCAAGAAUGCUGCAAACUCCUGCUCUUUGUAGCCCACAGAUUAUAGUACAAAUCAAUAUUUUCAUAGCUGUCAUUGAGAGAAAACAGCAGCGCUGUUCCAGGUUGUACAACCGACUUUGCGGAACUCAACGCCACCGUCUCCAAAAUAUCCGGCAUUAUUCCAAGACUCCAUCGUUGUCUUUUCAUAUGGACCGUGCGUUGCGCCGCCAUCGCGAGCAUCCGACCAGCGGAAUUCCCACAUCGCAUUCUCGUUGUCUUCUGGCUCUGCUGAUUCUGUCCUUGGCGGAUCAACCCACCCUUCGCCGGUCUCCCUCCGAUAUUGUCUCGUAAGCAUUUCUCGCUCUGUAUCAUAUAUUUCUGUUUGUCCACGGCUGAGAAGGAUAUCUGCGGCACCUGUGAUUUCUUCGAUGGCACGUUUGCGAGCUGCGUCUGCAGGGUUUUCCUCCGUCAUUUCCACGUCUUCUGCGGCGCCGUUAGCUUUCUUGUGCUUAUUUUUUUGUUUGUUCUGCCACUUGGGGCGACGUUUCUGUCCUUUGCCUAAUCGGGCCAGGGCAUCCAGAAUUGUUUCUCCUCGAUGUAGGUUGGCGAUCAAUGUCUUUAGAACAUCGCCAGUUAGGAUGCUGGCAUCGGCGAUAGAUUUCUGUCGACGUUCUUCUUCUCGUUUCUCCGCCGCCGCUUUGGCUUUCUUCAUGUCCUUUUUCGAUAGUCCUUCCAACCAGCUAUCGUGAAUUGCAUCUGGAUCGGCGGCUUUUCGAAUAUAGUUUCCGGCUUCAUCAAAACGCCCCUCUUCCUGCUCUGAUCUCAUAUUAAAUGCAUCAAGAAGUGGCGCAUGAGUCUUUUUCCCGCCAGCACCCAGCUCUUUAUCAACGCCUCCAAGAUCUGCCCGGCCUUCCUCGUCGGUAUCGCUCUCGCUCGAAUCCUCCUCCACAGCUUUUCCUUUGCCUUUGCCCUUCGGGUCUAUGUUGUCCAGCCUGACCUUAACACCGCUUCGAGAAUUGUUUACCUGUCCCUCUAUUUCAUCAUCAUUCAGAAACCUGACCUGCUUUUUCGCUUUUCCCAGAUCAUCCUCUGGAACUCCCAUCUCCUCCUCAACUUCUGCAAACAUGUCGUCCUCGUCCACAUCGUUUUCUGCAUUGCUGGACUUAACUCUAGCCUCUGCGCGCGCGUCAAAGUUUUCGUUUUCACUGUCUGAGUCGUAACCAUCGAUGUUUACUGCAUUGCGCUUUAUUCUCUGACCGCGUCGUCCGAUUUCAUCUGCAUCGAGGACGGCAUCUUCUUCGGUCGCAUCAGGGACUAGUGUAGACGGAUUGCGGA